AAGAAGAGCUGGAGCUCGCGCAUCAUCAAUUCAACAUGAUAACGGCGCUCGUGUUGUGAAAGAUGUUAAAGAGUCGAUUCUGUGUUUCUCUCGCUUAUGUUUGCGGUGUAAACGGACGCUGCGCUGCAGUCGCAGAGGCCGUUUCUCCACAGAAGAGAUGCAGAAGUCACGCGAGUGGAGAAAAUGCGGUGUUGAAAUUCGCCAAACUGACGGAGAACGCCACGACACCGAGCCGAGGAUCGAACCGAGCCGCGGGCUUCGACUUGUACAGCGCGUAUGAUUACAGUGUUGGAUCAAUGGAUAAAGUUCUGGUGAAGACGGAUAUUCAGAUCGCGGUUCCUCACGGUUAUUACGGCAGAGUCGCUCCUCGCUCUGGUUUGGCUGUGAAACGCUUCAUUGAUGUGGGAGCUGGUGUUGUGGAUGAGGAUUACAGAGGAAAUCUGGGAGUUGUGCUCUUUAACUUUGGCAAAGAGACUUUUGAAGUGAAGAAAGGAGAUCGUAUCGCUCAGCUCAUCUGUGAGAGAAUCUGUUACCCGGAGCUGCUGGAGUUACAGACACUGGAUCAUACUGAGAGAGGUGCGGGCGGUUUCGGCUCUACUGGCUCAAACUGAAAUGAACCCUAUCUGUGGUUUUUAUAUAUAUAUGUGUGCUGUGAAAUAAAUGUGCUACAAUUAUUGUGUUUGUGAGAA